UGAACAUAUGUUACUGUACUGAGCAGUACAACACAGUUUAGCACCUCAGACUUCAUUGUUUUCAUGUGUAAAAGUUGACAGCUGACUCCUCAUCAACAUGGAUAGCGCUUUUGAUAAACUGGAUGCAGCUGGUUUUCUGGAAAUCUGGCAGCACUUUGAUGCAGAUGACAACGGCUACAUCGAGGGCAAAGAGCUCGACGACUUUUUCCGUCACAUGAUGCAGAGACUCGGUCCACAGGAGAAAGUCACUGAGGAAAGAGUCCAGAGGAUGAAGCAGAGGUUCAUGUCUGCAUACGACGUUACUGCUGACGGGAAACUGCAGAUUCAGGAGUUGGCCCACAUGAUUCUGCCCGAAGAUGAAAACUUCCUGUUAGUUUUCCGCAGAGAAGCUCCACUGGACAACAGUGUUGAUUUCAUGAAGAUCUGGAGGAAGUACGACGUCGACUGCAGCGGCUACAUAUCUGCUCAGGAGCUCAAGGCCUUCCUGAAAGACUUGUUCCAGCAGCACCGCAAGGAAGUGCCAUCCGAUAAGCUGGACGAGUACACCGACGCAAUGAUGAAAAUCUUUGACAAAAGCAAGGAUGGGCGUCUGGAUCUGAACGACUUGGCCAGGAUCUUGGAUUUACAAGAGAAUUUCCUGAUCCAGUUCCAGAUGGAUGCCAGCAGCAAAGAGGAGAGAAAGAGAGACUUUGAGAAGAUCUUUGACCAUUAUGAUGUUAGUAAAACUGGAGCUCUGGAGGGUCCUGAGGUGGACGGAUUUGUCAAAGACAUGAUGGAGCUGGUCAGGCCCAACAUCACAGGUCCUGAUCUAGACAAAUUACGAGUCGUUCUGCUGCGUCACUGCGACGCAAACAAGGACGGAAAGAUCCAGAAGAAUGAGCUGGCUCUGUGUCUGGGAGUCAAACCCACACCUUAGACCUGGAUUAUAACCAGCCUGAUGUUCUGGUCCAGGUCGGUCUGAUUCCUGGGUCAUUUAAAGGUCAAUGUUCAUAACGUUUGUCUGGAUAAGAUAAAAACUCAGUCUGACACUAUGUAAGUAAAGGAAAUAAAUUAGCUGAGAUGAGUUUCUUGUGCAUGUUUAAGACCAGAAUUCAAGAAUGAGAUGUGAGUGUUUAUUGGUUUAAAUGGUCUGUGCUGUGAGGGGUAUUCGUCCGUAUGCUGCUCAGAAAAACAUCUAAAAACAUGAUGUUUGAACCUGAAGCACACUGACUUACUAACAUCUGGCCUCCUGCAUGUUUCUCUGAAUCAAAGUGCAGGGUGCUGCUUUGUGUGUUUUUAAUAUAAAGUUCAUUUAAGAAAAUAAACAAUCAUGGCAUGUUGUUGA